AUGAAAGAACAUUGGACAAGCAGCGAUAAAAUAGACAAGAUAUAUGGUCCUAUAUAUGAUUCAAGCAAUUCAAAAUGGAGGCUUGGCUACAAAGAAAUCGAUUUUGAUGCACGUACUGGCUACAUCAAAAUUGAUGGAAAACAAGUGAAAGGAACUCCUGGUAUAAAUGAGCUGAUAUUCUACGAUGUCCCUGAAAAUUACAAUAAAGAUGAUCUGUAUGGGUACAAACAAAUUUUGGAACUAUCAGAGGCCCAUCUGAAUGCAAUUCGCAUAGAAAACGACGGCGGCUUAGCACAUACUCUUAAAGGCGAUAAAGAUUUCGGUUAUUCGAAUUUGUGCAAUGUCAAAACACCUAUUUUGAAAAAGGAUGCUGCAAACAAGGAAUACGUGGACCAGAUAAGAAAUCACAGUCUGAACGGGCAUUUCAGUAGAGAGUUCGAAAUGUCUAGUGAUAGUGGUGAUAUAAGCAAUUGCAGCAGCAUUAGUAGUGGUGGAAUGGAGUUCGAUGAUAGCAGUAAUAGUAGCGAUGAUUAUCAGCAAACUCUGGAGGCUAUUGAUGAUGCCUUGAACAAGUACGAAAGUGCAGCUCAGCAAGAAUUCAAUGUUAGAACUAAGUACACAGGAAUGAUUCGUCCUACGAGAGAUUUCAGCGCCUGUGUGAUCCUAAAACAACGAUAUUCACCGAAACAAAUAUCUUUCAACACAUACGAGUGGACUUCCAUCAUAGAUAUAUUGAGAGACGUCAAACAAUCCUUCUUCAAACCUACAGUCAGCAGGAACAACAGCAGCUAUCCCGAUGAGUAUGAACCUGUGAUGAUAAAGUGUGGAGACUUUGUGACAUUGCAUCAAUUCAUGGAUUGCGGUGUGAAACAAAUUUCCAUUCGCAAAGAUGUCACCGAUAUGACCUUGAAUGAAGAGGAUGUCACGGAAAUUUUGAGAACAUAUAUUUAUAGGUGUGGCAUCUGA